AUGGGUCUGGAUCUGAAUCUAGAUCGGGCGGCGCUCGUAGUGGCCGCGCGAGAUCCCCUCGAGGUUGUCCAUCCUGGCAAGCGCGGCGACGUAGAGCUCGCCGGAGACGCGGUGGCCAUUUUUCCGUGGCUCCUCCCUCCCGCCGCCUCCGCCGACCGAGCCGCCUCUGCCUCUAGAAGCCAUAGCGAUGCCGAGAAACGCCGCAGAGACAGAAUCAACGCUCAGCUCUCCACUCUACUCAAACUCAUCCCCAAAUUCGAAAAGAUUGACAAGGCGGCGCUAUUGAGGCACGUGGUGGAUCACGUGAAGGAGAAACGACAAAGAGCGAAGGAGGCGCGCAAAAUCAGCAGCGGCGUGCCGAGCAAGAUAGAAGAGGUGAUCGUCCAUCAGAUUGAUGACAGAUCGGAGCAGAUCAAGGAGUCAAUCUGCUGCGACGAUCGGCCGGAGCUCUUCACGGAGAUCGGGAGCGCGCUGAAGGCGCUGGAAGCCACUUACACCAGCACCCUCACCAGAAUCCCCUAA